UUUUAUAUUAUGUGGAUCGAAUAAAGUUAGUCUUUGUUAGUAAUUCACAAAGACCACACCUUUAAGAUGUUUGUAAAUAUAUUUUUAAGUUUAUUAGUGCUACGUUCGUGUUAUCUGGUAUAUAGUGAACGAUAUUGCAGCGAUUGUCAAAUUUAUUACACAUGUAAAGCAGCAGUUGAUCAUGCUCGGUUCAAGCCAGGCGACGAAACAAAUAAGCUAUUUGAGAAAGCUGCGUGUGGAACAGAAACGGAAGAUGAAGACUCCGACUUUAUGGUAUGUUGCUCAGAAUUCCCCAGCUUAAAUACAAGUCCACAAUCAACUCCUCCGAAGGAAAAUUAUAUAGAAAGUAGAUGGGCAGGAAUAGAUCAAGAAACCAUGCUGCCGGAUAGAUGUGGUAGCAUUUGGGGAAAUCGAAUUAUUGGCGGCAGAAAAGCUAAACUAUUCGAAUUUCCAUGGAUGGUACUGAUCGCUCAUGAAACACGCGAAGGUCCCCAAUUUCAAUGUGGUGGAACUAUCAUUACCUCUAAAUAUAUUCUGACAGCGGCUCAUUGUGUCGUUGAUAAAAAAAUCGCAUCUGUCAGAAUAGGAGAGUUUGAUAUUAAUUUGGAAAAGGAUUGCGACUAUGAAAAGCACAAAACUAUCUGCAAAAAAGAAGUCCAGGAUAUGUAUGUCACAGAAAUAAUUCCACAUGAAAAUUAUCAAAGAUCACCAACCGCGAAUGACAUUGCUUUGCUGCGAGUAGAUGGCGAGAUCGUCUUUAACUACCCAAACGUGGAACCAAUCUGCCUACCACUGUCACUUGAACUACGUAACAAACGUCUAGAUCAUGAAUACGGCACAGUAGCUGGUUGGGGCUUCACUGAAACUGGUAGAGAAUCUGGAGUAUUGUUGAGAGUCGAAGUUCCUGUGAAAACUGAAGCUGAAUGUGAAGGCUUCUACAACAGAAAUAAUCAGGAUGCCGUUAAGAAACAAUUCUGUGCAGGAGAACUCAAAAAGGACUCUUGUAACGGUGACUCCGGAGGACCUCUAAUGAUGAAAGCUAACUACAAUGGUGUUAAUAGUUACGUCCAGUAUGGCAUCGUGUCGCACGGUCCAAUACAAUGUGGAACGUUGUUCCCAGGCGUUUACACGGAUGUCAGAGAAUACGUCGAUUGGAUAUUAGAUAAUAUUAAAGAAUAAUUAAAUUAGCGGAAAUGGAAUCAAUAUUUUAUUAUAUAAUUAGUAUAGUAUAGUAUAUUAGUUUGUAAGUUUUUUGUAUCUUUAGCCUAGUAACACACUGAUUAUUAUUUACGAUGCUUAACAUUUAUUAUCAAAAAGUUCAAGGGUUGAGAACUAAAACAGCUAGUUUUCUCAAAUAUUUAUCAACUUCUAAUUAUAAGAUCAUCGCUCUUACAGAAACUUGGCUGAAAUCUGGUAUUUCGAACAUGGAACUAUUUGAUAAUAUAUAUACACUGUUUAUCGUAGGCAUCGUUCAAGUUCUACCGAUACCAAAUCUGAUGGUGGAGGUGUCAUAUUGGGAGUCUCCAAAGAAAUUUCUUCUUUCAGAGUUGAGGCAUGCGAAUCGGAUGUUGAGGACUUAUGGGUCACGUUACAUAUAAAUAUUAACAAAAUAAUAAAGAAACUUUCAAUA